CUCGGCAGUUGGCCAGCUAUACACUCCUCCCUCCCUCUGCGGCUCUGCCCCGUCUCGUUGCCGAGCGACCCAGCCUCCUCGCUCCGUGGAUCGCCUUCCUCCUCGCGCGAGCGCCGCUACCCAUCCCGCUGCCGAGCGCCCGAGCCCCCUAGCUCGUCUUCCUCCUCGCGCGAGCGCCUCCACCGCAGGUUCUGCCCCUUCCUCUGCGUGUGUGAUCCAGCUUGGAGGAGGAGUUCUUGGUCUUGUCCUGUUGGCACUGUGCUUUCCCGGACCCAGAUCUUGAUGCAACUGCCGACUAGUUUACUGAUCUAGAGGGUGGUCUGCUUGUGUUCUUGACCUGAUUUGGUGGGGCUCUGGGCCUCUGGCACGGUGCAAGGGGGACAGUUCGGCGUGGAUCUUUAUCGCUAGUUGUUGGCCAUGUCCUUUCACAUGCCAGUGGCUACCGGUUUGGUACUUUCUUGAUGAGUCAAGUGUUGUGGGUUUGUUGAGGUGUUUCUUCCUGGCUCCUAUUUGGUGGUGACCGGUGACCACGAAGGGGAAGCAGAGGGGCCAGAUAGAACAGAAAAGAGAGAGAAAUUUUGCAGGUUAUUUUUAGUUGUGGCACAAUGAAGCAUAUGAAGCUUGGGUCCAAGGCGGAUGUCUUUCAGACAGAGGGCAGCAAUAUCAGAUCAAUGAAGUUGCUAAAGGGGGCAAUCAUACCGGUUACUAUUCAUAUAAGAUCAGCAAUUAAUUUGGUCUGUGGUGGGGAAGGGGGUCUUGUUCUGUAAUUUCCUGGGCUCCAGUUCUUAAAUCGGGAGAAAAGGUUUGUUGCAACGGAGCUGGUAACAGACAUCAUUAUCUCCAUAGGAGAUGUCAAGUUUUAUCUUCACAAGUUCCCUCUUCUGUCAAAGAGUUCACGCUUGCAAAGAUUAGUAGCUUCAAGUAAUGAGGAAAACAACGACGAAGUGGAUAUAUCUGACAUUCCUGGUGGACCUUCAGCAUUUGAAAUUUGUGCUAAAUUCUGCUAUGGCAUGAUUGUAACACUCAAUGCAUAUAAUGUUCUCUCUGCUCGUUGCGCAGCCGAAUACCUAGAAAUGUUUGAGACCAUUGACAAAGGAAAUCUUAUCUACAAAAUUGAUGUGUUCUUGACAUCGAGCGUAUUUCACGCCUGGAAGGACUCAAUUGUAGUUCUACAAAGUACAAAGUCGUUACAGCCAUGGACUGAGAAUUCGAAGGUAAUAAACCACUGUAUCGACUCUAUUGCGUCGAAGGCAUCAAUUGAUUCGUCGGAGGUUGAGUGGUCAUACACCUACAACAGAAAAAAACUUCUAUCUGAGAAUGGUGUCGGUUCUCAUUGGAAUGGAGUCAGGAUGCAACAGAUCGUGCCCAAGGACUGGUGGGUUGAGGACCUAUGUGAACUCGAGAUAGAUUUGUACAAGCGUGUGAUCCUAACAAUCAAGGCAAAGGGAAGAACACCUGCUAUAGUAUUUGGAGAAGCAUUGAGAGCCUAUGCAUUCCGAUGGCUUCUUGGUUCACUAGAAGAUGCUGUGAGCAAUGGAAUUGAUUGUGCAAAACGUCGUGCAGCUCUUGAAAGCAUUGUAUUUCUGCUGCCUACUGAGAAAGGUUCAGUGUCAUGUGGUUUUCUUCUUAAGCUACUAAGGGCUGCAUGCUUGCUGGGAUCUGGGGAAUCUUAUCGCGAUAACUUGGUCAAGAGAAUAGGCAUGCAACUGGAUGGUGCUUCAGUUGCAGAGCUUCUUAUGCCAGCAACUAGCGGUGAAAACACUGUGUAUAACGUCGAUCUGAUCAUGGUAAUAGUAGAGGAGUUCAUGUCAUAUCAUAGGGAGAAUGGUAAGAUGACUUUUCAAGAUGAUGAUGAAGAAAUCAUGGAGGUUAAGAACUUUGCUUCUGUUUCUAGCAUGUCAAUGCUGGCAGUUGCAAAGCUGAUCGAUGAGUAUCUUGGUGAGAUUGCUAAGGACCCUAGUUUACCUCUUUCAAAGUUCAUUGCACUUGCUGAAAUGGUCUCUGCCUCAUCCCGGCAAAUGCAUGACGAACUAUAUCAUGCCAUUGACUUGUAUCUUAAGGAGCACCCCAGCCUAUCAAAGAGUGAAAAAAAGAGAUUAUGCGGAUUGAUGGACUGCAAGAAGCUGUCCCAAGAUGCGUGCAUGCAUGCUGUCCAGAAUGAGCGCCUUCCCCUGCGUGUGGUUGUGCAAGUUCUCUUCUUUGAGCAAGUCCGAGCAUCGGCUGCUUCUGCAAGGGGCGGCUCUGCAGCUGAGCUUUCAUCUGCUGUUCAGUCACUUCUUCCCAGAGAGAAUGGCAACUCCUAUGGCAGCUCCAGGUCAGCUGCCACAACGACAACCGAUGAGGAAGGUAGUGGAAUCCCAACAUCGAGUGACAUCAACUCUUUCAGGUCGAUGAGGCUUGCCAACAACUGCGGUGGCAGUGAUAGCAGUCUCAGCAGCGACAUCAACAAGAAUGGCGAAGACAAGAGCACCGCUGGUAAGGCGAAGGCAAUGUUGAUGCCAAAGAAGAUACUAAGCAAGCUCUGGUCCGGGAAGACAAACGUUGGCGAGAACAGCAGCUCAGACACAUCGGAGAGCCCCGGUUCAGCCAAUCCAGAGGAGUUGAAAUCGACACCGUCACGGAACAUGAGGCGUUCAAUGCCCUAGUGGCCGGUGUUAACAGUUUCUUUUUGUUCUUGCUUUGAUUUUCCUUUACACAUGAGAGUAGUUAUCCUAGAAUGUGGAAUACUACUUACUGACUUGUCCGAUCGCCAAUGAUGUUUUUUGUAGCACUUGUGCUAGUAGUUAUUUCCGUAGCCCGUAGAGGCUCAGUCAUUGGUGUUGAGGAACACGUUUCAUGAGAUAAACCUGUAAUUGUUUUGGUUGCAAUAUAUAUAAAGGAAGCCUCUUCUGGAGGUGCAGUAAAAA